CGGGCUUCGUUGUCGUUGUACAUUAUAUCAAUUGACCUUCAGAUCUGGUGAGCUACUCUCGAGAAGCAUCGCCAUCACGAUCCCUUGGCGUUUCAAACAGCCCGAUUCAACAGAAAUCCGCCGUAACAUAACACCUCUGAACGACUGGAGAGCCUGAUAUAUAUGCAAGAACUACAAAAAUAUGAGCUGCCUGUGGCAUUGUAUAGGACCACCAAUUUUUGUGAGCACAAGCGUACUCGAACUCGCUACCCUUGCGGGACCCACUAUGCGAAACCAUCCUCCACUAGGUCAUAGACACAUUCAGACGGUGCUCAUACCUUCCUUCCGACUUCUCUGCCUCAUAGAUCUUUGCGGGAGAUGGUGGGGGUCAUGUGUAUUCCAUCGAGCUAGGGUGCUUGCCUUCGUGAACUUAACAUCGCACCCCGGCCUGGCCUGGGGAUCAUCGACCGUGCAUGCCACAUCAACAAAUCGCCUAUCACAAACUUGAGCAGGUUCAUGAGCUGAUAUAGGCAGAAAUGCUGUACGGGAUGGAUUAUAAGAGCGGCAUAACAUUGAUUGUAAAUGAAAUGCCGUCA